AUGCCUAUGCACACUCCCAUGGUCCCGUCCACCAGGGAGGCCGCUGCUUUUUCCUAUAGUGUGCCAGCACAGUCAGCCGACAGGUCCUCUUUUCAGCAAAUGUUAAUCAUUUUGAUUGGCUUACCUUGGAUAGAGAGAACAUUUUCUAAACGUGAUUGUAUUUCCAUCAUACCGAAUUCAAGAGAACCUCAUAGAUGUAUCCCUGGGUGUCAGAUUUGCCAACAGCUUGUCCGGUGUUGCUGUGGUCGUUUGAUCAAAGAGCACCAUCUUUUUGCUGGAGAUGACGACAUAAAUCCUUCAGAUGAUCAAACACAGUCAACAGUUUGGACCGUAGAUGAGCAUACAGUAAAAAGUCCUACAAAUGCAUACGGCACAAUUGACUUUCAAGGUGGUUCACAAGGCUGCAAAGCCAAGUUUGUUAGAUUAUCUUAUGACAGCAGAAUUGAAGACAUCCUUUAUCUCAUGGUUAAGGAAUGGAAAAUGCAACUUCCAAAGCUGCUUAUUUCUGUACAUGGUGGUACACAGAAAUUCGACCUUCACCCUCGUAUUAAAGAUGCAUUAUCCAAGGGGUUUAUUAAAGCUGCAGAGACCACAAGAGCUUGGAUAUUGACAGGAGGAGUGAAUAAUGGGGUCGCCGAACACAUUGGUGAUGCUUUGAAGAACCACGCUUCCCAUCUGUUCCAUAAGGUGUGCACCAUUGGCAUAACACCAUGGGGCUUAAUUGAUGGUAGACAGGAUCUGAUUGGAAGAAAUGUUGUUGCUCCAUAUCAGACAUUACUGAACCCUUUGAGCAAACUCCAUCUACUAAAUAGCCUUCACACCCAUUUUAUCCUGGUGGAUGAUGGAACAGUUAGACAACACACAGCAGACAUUCACAUACGGUGGGAAUUAGAAAACAGAAUUUCCCUGCAACAGAUCCAUGCAAGGACUGGCAAGAGAAUACCAAUAGUGGCUCUAAUACUAGAAGGUGGUCCCAACACUAUCCUUACAGUCUAUGAGUAUCUUCAGCAGACACCUCCAGUGCCAGUUGUGGUCUGUGAAGGGAGUGGCAGGGCAGCAGACCUCCUGGCAUAUAUGUAUAAGCAGACAGAGAGUCAAGGAAAUCUUUUGGAUGGUGUACAAUCCGAUGUUAUAGCCACCAUAAAGAAAACAUUCAGCCUCAAUCAGAGUGAAGCUAUCCAUAUGUUCCACACUUUAAUGGCGUGCAUGAAGUCAAAGCACCUAAUAACUGUAUUCCAUGCUGGACCAGAAGAACAACAAGAUAUUGAUGUUGCAAUCCUUACAUCACUGUUUAAAGGUACAAAAAUGUCUCCGUAUGAUCAGCUUGUUCUGGCCUUAGCCUGGGACAGAGUAGAUAUCGCCAAAAAUUAUAUUUUCACACAAGGACAACAAUGGUUGACAGAGCUACUGGAACAAGUUAUGCUGGAUGCACUUGUAAUGGACAGAGUGGCAUUUGUCCAACUUCUCAUCGAUCAUGGUGUCAGUAUGCACAGAUUUCUAACAAUCCCCAGGCUGGAAGAGCUGUACAAUGCAGUACCGAAUGCAAGUAAAGACACCAUACUACGUCUCAUCCAGGAUGUGAAGAAGGGUAAUCUAUUAGCAGAAUACAAGAUCACUCUGAUGGACAUAGGACUAGUUAUUGAAUACCUUAUGGGUGGAACGUUUAGAUGCAGUUACACCACAAGAGGCUUCAGAACUAUGUACAAACUUUUAAACCAGAAUUUUGUGCAAAACACUUCAGUCAAUUCCUCUAAUAAGAAUGAAACCUUGGACAUAUCACAGAGAAGAGAGAAAACAAGGCAUGGUCACUUUCUUCAAACAGCUCAGCCCAGGAAACCACAGCAAGAUUUAUGUGAAAAAGACAACCCAUCAAAGUCAUCUAAAACUGGCAUCCUUGGAACUGAAGAGGAUAACAGAAGGCCUUUCCCUUAUCCAUUUCAUGAUCUUCUGGUAUGGGCAGUAUUAAUGAUGAGACAGAAGAUGGCGCUUUACUUCUGGCAAUGUGGAGAAGAAUCCAUGGCUAAGGCUUUGGUUGCGAGAUGUCUUUACCGAGCAAUGUCUCAUGAGGCUCGACAGUGGGAUAUCUUUGAUGACACACCAAAAAAGCUAAAAACCUAUUCCAAAGAAUUUGGGACCCUAGCAGAAGAACUCUUGGAUAAAACCUACAAGCAGAAUGAAAUAAUGACAAUGAAGCUACUAACAUAUAAGCUGAGCAACUGGAGUAAUACAACUUGCCUUAAACUUGCUGUUUCUGGAAAAUUUCGAACAUUUAUUUCCCAUGCAUCCACUCAAAAGCUGCUUACGGAUAUUUGGAAUGGAAGACUGAACCUAAGGAAAAAUUCUUGGUGCAAGGUGAUUUUAGGCAUUUUUCUCCCGCCAAUAAUUCCACUGUUGGAAUACAAAAGCAAAGCACAAAUGUCCCAUAUCCCAAUGUCCCAGGAUGCACAUGAAAUGAUUCUAAAUAAAAGUCCGCAGGUGAAGUUCUCUGUAGAAGGAGGUGCUUUGAAUGUUCAUAAAGAAGCCUCAUUGUGUGAUGCAUCUGGAGGAAAUGUUCCUGAUGUUAGGAUUGAACAAAAACUCCACCAUCUUCCACUGUCACAGAAAUAUUUCUCAUUUUACCAUGCACCAAUUGUGAAGUUCUGGUUUAACACGCUGGCAUACCUGGUGUUUUUAAUGUUGUACACCUAUGUGGUCCUGGUUAAAAUGGAAAAUAUUCCUUCUGCGCAAGAAUGCAUUGUGUUUAUAUUUGUAGUCACCACAGCUGUGGAGAUAACACGAGAGAUCUUCAUUUCAGAAGCUGGAAAAAGCAUCCAAAAAUUGAAAGUGUGGCUCUACAGUUAUCUCAAUGUUAAUGAACUGCUCGGAAUAAUAACCUUCUUUGUGGGGUUUGGCUUGAGACUUAGCUCUAUUAAUCCCAGAAAUAAUUCUUCUGAGAACUUGGUGUUUGUUGCUGGAAGAUUAAUAUGCUGCCUGAGCAGUAUAUUUUGGUACGUGAAGUUAUUGGACAUAAUAAAUGUCGGUCAAGAUGCUGGUCCAUAUGUUUUCAUGGUUGGAAAAAUGCUAUCAAGAAUGUUUUACGUUGUGAUCAUCAUGGGAAUAGUAGUGAUCUGCUUCGGUGUGCCAAAACAGGCAAUCCUUUAUCCUAAUGAAGAACCAUCCUGGUCCCUUGCUAAAGCUGCAGUAUUUCGUCCGUACUGGAUGACCUAUGGUGAAAUGUUUGCAUACGAAAUAGAUCCUUGCGCCAAUGACACGGUCACUCCCACGCUCUGCGUUACUGGAAGUUGGCUGCAUGGAUUUCUGCAGGCCGUGUAUGUGUUUGUACAGUACAUUAUUAUGGUCAAUCUACUCAUUGCUAUACUAAGUAAUGUGUACAAGGAGUGUAAAAGAAUUUCUGAUCAUCUGUGGAAGUCUCAGCGAUAUUAUUUUGUCAUGUUGUAUCACAAUAAGCCCGUGCUGCCUCCACCCUUCAUUCUCCUCAGCCAUUUAACUGCUCUGAUAAAAUGGCUGUGUGGACAGAGCAAGAGGUCAAAUUCUCAGGGGCCAUACCUCUUCCAGACUGAAGAAGAAAAGAGGCUGCAUGAAUUUGAAGAAAAAUGUGUACAGAUCUAUUUUAAAGACAAGAAAGAUGAUGAUAACGCAAAGAGUGAUGAAAAAAUCCGACUAACAUCUGAAAGAGUGGAAGAUAUGUUUGAAGACAUAAAGGAUGUCCGAGAUUAUGUCAAAUCUAUAGAUAAUUUACUUCACCAUCUAGAUGAUCACAUUGGAAACUUGCAGGACCUUUCAGGUCUGACAUUGGACUCUGUGAAAAGUUUAACCGCACAGAAAGCCAUGGAAUCCAAAAAAAGGCAUAGCAUGAUGUCCUGUGAUUUAAGUCUCUCAAACCAAACCACUGAUGAUGGACUUGGACAAUCAAGCACAUGGAAGAAGAGCCAAAGCAGCCAAAAGUGGGCUCAUUCCUUAUCAUAUCCUGGUCUUGAAAAGUAUAUUAAAACUUCCAGUUCCCUGCAAAAUGUCAGUGAGUCCAAUUUUCAUCCUGUACACAAUUCUUUGUUUUACAUAUCUGAUCAUCCAGAAUUCCAGCAUGGAGAGGUCUAUGAAGAGAAAAAAAUAGAUUAUGUCAAACACAAAUCUCUAAAAAGCAGGCCUCAUGUAACACAUGAAACAUCAACUCAAAAUGUCUUACAAGUGCAGGUUCCAGAAAUUGUUCCAGUGGUUCAGUCGAAAAAGGGCCUGUUACAAGUUGUACCAAAAGCUCUGGAAUCGGCCACUUCAAAAAUACUUGGGAAGACAUGCAAAGAGGAAGGUUUUGUUAAUUUUACAUUUACUGAUGAUGACAACAAGGCGAUUCAUGAAAAUGGCAUCGGGGAUGGUUGUCCAUAUUUUAAAUCAUCUUCUGACCUGAAAGCUAAGGCAUCUGAACAGCUAUCAGAGGAAGUGUCACCACAUGAUUACAGCCAUGAAGCUAUUGUAAAAAAAGGGAAAGGUCAACACAGUAACAAUAAUAGUCUCACUGGAGUAUUUAAGAAAUUAUGGAAACCAUCCAAAAGCCCAGCCUGCUGCAUUAACCACAGUGACCAGAUAAUUGUACUAAGUAGGUUAGAGAAAAAGCUUGUUGUACAGUCACAAAUAAGCAGCGGAACCCUUAUCCAGGAGAGGCAAUAUAACAGUCGAUUCUCUUCAGGUCGCAAGUUGUCUGUUCCAAAAGAAGGCUUCACAAAGUUUGGAUGCAAUUUUAAACCAUCCAUGGAUACAACGUUCUAUUAUUCUGCCAUUGAAAGAAACAACUUGUAUCGACUUUCUAUGAGUAUUCCCUUCACCCCUCUUCCUCCAGUCGGAGAUCUGGUCACGGUGUAUCGUCUGGAGGAGAGUUCUCCCAGCAUCCUAAAUAACAGCAUGUCCUCCUGGUCACACAAUGGCUUCUAUGCUACAAUAGAGGUUCUUAGUAAAAAAGAGAUGGGAGGAGGAAUAAGACGGGCUGUGAAAGUGGCGUGUACUUGGUCUCAGAAUGAUAUCCUUAAGGCAGGACACCUGUACAUCAUCAAGUCCUUCCUUCCCGCAGUGGUAAAUACCUGGUCAGAGGUUUACAAGGAAGAAACGGUGAUCCAGCUAUGCCUCAGAGAAAUCCAGCAACAGAGAGCUGCUCAAAAACUGCUUUUUGCCUUCAACCAAAGGAAACCAAAAACAAUUGCGUACUCUCCAAGAUUUCUGGAAGUGUUCCUCUUGUACUGUCACUCAGUCGGUCAGUGGUUCACAGUGGAGGAAUACAUGGCGGGAAAGUUUAGAAAAUACAAUCACAACACAGGUAGUGAGAGUGUACCAUCAAACAAGCUGGAGAAGACUAUGCUGGCCUUCAGCCACUGGACUUAUGAAUAUACCAGAGGCGAAUUUCUAGUCUUAGACUUGCAAGGUGUAGGUGAAAAUCUGACAGAUCCAUCAGUUAUUAAAGCAGGGGAACACAGAUCACAAGAUAUGAUAUUUGGACCGGCUAACUUGGGGGAUAAUGCGAUCAAAAACUUCUGCAUGAAACACCAAUGCAACACAUGCUGCAGAUAUCUGAAACUUCCUGAGAUGAAAAUAAAUGAGUACAUUACAGAUGCAGCCUUGUUUCGAGGAAAAUCUCAAGUCUCCAUUGAAAACUGUGAGAUAAAAGCUCAGGCCAGCAACCCAUCGGUGCCAUACACUGACUGA